AUGAUAGAAAUAUCUGCAGAUGAUUGGGAUAAAACUUUUGCUAUAAAUAUGCGUGGUGUAUUUCUUUGCUAUAGAGAAGCAGCAAAAAUAAUGAUUGAACAAGGAAAAGGAGGAAAAAUAAUUGGUGCUUGUAGUACUGCUGGAUAUUCAUCACAUACAAUGGCUGCUUAUUAUAUUGCUAGUAAAUGGGGAGUACGUGGAUUGACACAAGCUACUGCAUUGGACUUGGCUAAAUUCAAUAUUAAAGUCAACGCAUACUGUCCUGGUAUAACAGAAACUGAUAUGAUGCAGUCGAUUAAUGAAAUAAUGACAAAAUAUCGAGAAAAACAAAAAGAGAAAGAAGAAAAAGUCGAUGAAGUUACAAACAUGCCUGCAUUUGAUUGGUUGGAACAACCAAAAGAUGUUGCAAAUUUGGUGUCAUUUUUGGCUAGUAAAGAUUCAGAUUAUAUUACUGGACAAAGUAUUAUGGUUAAUGGUGGGGCUGCAUUUUCGUAA